UGACUGCCUAGGCUGCUUAUGGUUUAACUCCAUCUACAUGCCUAAAAUCGAUCAGGUUGAUGCAAUAUUGAUAUGAACAGGAUGGAGCAAUGUUGUGCUGCUCACAUUGUUCAGCAUUGUUAUCAACUUUGAACAAUAUUGUUACAUCCGAUUCAGUUUCAACAAUGUUGUUCAAUGUUGUUGACAAGUGUGAACAAUAAUGGCAGCACAACAUUGUUGCAUGCUGAUAAACUGCAGGCUCAGAGUUCUUAGCUGUGUAAAACUAGAUGAUUUUAUGGCUCAGUUCCAGGCAAUUGAUUAUCAAGCCAUAUGGGUGAUAUGUCUCAAAGCAUACAUUAAAAAAGCAAAUCAUUUCAACAAUGUUUCUUUGAUAGAUAUAUAGUUAUUUGAUAUAUUCAGCAGAUAUCUAAUUCUCAGUAUUAGAUAACUACUUCUGAGUGAAACCACCUGUUUCUAACAUGAGAUUUCAUUACCAAUAUGUCUUCAACAAAAGCAAGAUCACCAAGUGAUCCCACACCAUCUACAUCACACGAUGGUUAUGGUGGAGGUUAUCCAUCACAUUUUCAAACUUUACCUGCGAGAGUGCCCCGCGAUCUUCGUGCAGCAGAACCAUUUCCCUCAAUUGGUGCACCAGCACUUUUAGGCAUGGACGUCAGCCACACUGGGUGGGUCAGGAAGGAAGGUUAUGGAUACCGAAGUUGGAAGAGUAGAUUCAUGGUGCUUCAUCACGGUUGUAUUUACUACUUCAAAGAAACUGAUUCAAAUGGACCAAAAGGCAAAUUCUCCUUAAAUGGAUACAGAUGUCUGCUUGCCCCGGACCGAGAAAAAAGGGAUCGCUAUCCUUAUGUGUUUAAACUGGUCCCUGAUGAUGAAGAACACAGGACUUAUUACAUCUCAUCGCCAUCAAAAUCUGAAAUGGAGGGUUGGAUGAAAAGCAUUGAUGCUGAUAUUCAGCUGUACUGCCCAAGCGAGUACGAUUACGUCGACACGACAAAUCUUGGAGACAAAUCGGCAACAUGUCCUACAGUCCCAAAAAAUAUUCCAGUAGUAAAUAGAAGAGGGACAGAAACCUGUCCUACACCUCCGGACAAGAUCACCUUUCCACGCUCCCUUCCAACCAGCAAUAUUGGAAAGCCUGUGCCAUUGUUACCCCCGAAACCUCGUCCAAUACCAUCCCAUGAAAAUGACGAAGAUGGAAUUUACGAUGAUGAAAAGGAUCCGCACUAUGAACCAGUCGACAAUAGCUGCUUCUCGUCUGAAGGAAAUUACGUCGCAGUAUUGCCAAACGAAAUUGAUCUUGGAAACAGAGCACCAGAUGCCUACAACGGGAGACCAUUGCCGCCCAUUCGUCCCAAGCCUCCACCGCGACCACCAGAAUUCAACGAAUCUUCCGAAUCUGAAGACGAAGACUCGGAGGAAGAGCUAUAUUUAGACUUAAUAAAGGCAAACAAGAAAAAACACGCAAACAGAAAUGGAUUGAGUCCGUCAAGUCCUGAAAGAGAGCGCCCAAUCCCCUCUCCGCGUAAACCAAGUAUAGAUGAGAUCGAUGGAGUUGAUGUGACGUAUGUGAGCUGCAUUGACGUGGGAAAUGCGGCAGCGAAAACAAACAUACCGAAACCUUUACCAAAACCUCCGCCGAAGACGGUUCCCAAGCCUCCUCCGCGCACCGGAAAACGGCAUUCCCAAGAUCCAGUGGAAUUCGAUUAUUUGCCACCGGAUUGCUUUCAGCCAGAUAUGGAUAAAAAACAGGCGAAAGUAUUCUUGGAAUUGGGUCGAACAAUUGGGCAGUACAUAAUUAACAGUAGUACAACAUCAGACACAAAAAUGUCGCUGUCCGUUUGGUUAGGCAAUGGCGUCAAACACUACCUCCUUUUUAAACGACAGGACAUGUACACCUUAGACCCGUCGCUCUCUGUCGACGAGCACUUUACCGACCUUCGCCAGUUAGUCAAAUAUUAUUACAAACACAAGUUGCCGAAAAGCGAUAACUAUUUAAAGUCUCCGUUUGGAUCAAAAUAAUUUAUAGGAGGAUAACAUAAGUAAUUGCUUGUAAAUCACCUUCAUACCGCCUGAGCGAGGGGCAACCUCGCAUAAUUCUCCAGCGUUUUUCCGGGUUUGGAAGAGCGAAAUUGAUCGUCGUAUGUGUAGUAGCAAGGCUACAAUAUUAUUUUUUCUCACAGUGGAACCUUGAGCCGCGUUAAAUAAUCUAGUAUCAAGGAAUAUCGUUCGUAGUAAAUUUAGUUAACCAAGCAUGCACAAUAUGUAAUUUCAUAAAUUCUAUAAUCGGGUGUCGUUUGCAUUCACCGAUCUUAAAAUUACUGGAUGGAUAGAUGACACCCAACUUUUUGAAUCGCUAAUAUUGAAGCUAAUAUUGAAGCCAAUCGCUAAUAUAAUCGCUAAUAUUUACUGUGAGUUGGCAAUUUCAAUCCUGUAAAUCUUUUACAAACUGAAGUGUAAGGUGCCUAAAUUAUCUAAAUUGUGUUUUGCCUACGUAGCUGGCUCGUACAAGACCAUCCAGUAGUUUUUAGAUCAGUGUUUGGGGUAGCCUUUGCGAAAUUGAGGCAAGAAAUUGGUGAUAGUAAUGUUGGCAAUACAUCGAGGGAGUAUGGGACCGAGGCGUGGUCACUGAGCUAUAUAAUAAUUUUAGGAUUAGUAUAUUGCUCAGUAGGGGGGGGGGAUGAACUGCUUGUCCCCAGCCCCGUGAUGCAUUGGCAAUUUCGCUAUUACCAGUCCUCUACCGCAACAUCGGAAUGGCGGCAGCCAACAGUUGAUCUUGGCACCCUCAAUAUUUUUAUAUAAAUCUUUGUAUAUUUUCUAUCAAAAAUCCGUUUUUUUCAAUCUAGUCUUGUAUACGCCACAUUUUGGCAACGCAUUGUGACAGAGUCAGUGGCGUAGGAAGCAGAAUUGUGUUUAUAGUCUUUCAAGAUGAAUAUAUAAAUAUCCCCACCAUUACCGUGCUUCCUUCGCCACUGGGCAGAAAAGAUAUGAAAAACAAACAUGUUUAACAGACAUGACUAGAUGCAUCAACUUGUACAGAAUACAACAGCGGUUUCUGUUUUGUAUGAGUUAUGCUAAUGUCGCAAAACCAAGACUAGCAUCUAAGUGAUCUCAAAGCGUGAAAAAGGACUGGGAAUAGUUGUCAAAUAGUAAUCUAUGUUGGUCUCCAGUUCUCUUGCUUACCAAACGAAGUUUAUUAUUACCACAUUUUCACGAGUCAAUUCAUUUGCAUAUAUUCUUUGCUAUGUAAAAUUAGGGAAAUCUUCUCCGUGUAAACUUGUCUUAAGGAUCACCAAGAAAGACUGACAAUGAAAACACGUGAACAAGGACAGCUAAACGAUUCCUAUUCCAUUGCUAGUCCCAGGCCUUUGAUCACCCGCAGAUCAUCAGAACCAAUAAUAAUUUAGAUAUAUUAUAGUGAACGAUACAUUUAAUGAUUACCCAUGGUACGGUUAGGAUGGAUAUGAUUCCAGUAUGUUUAUAGAAUAACAGGCUAAAUUCAAAGUUGACGCAGAAUCAAAUGCAUUUGCACUCAUCAAAGUGCCCAUGCAGCUGAAAUGCGUUUUUUACCAAAAUAAAGAAUAUCGUGAUUUGUAUUCGUGCGUGGUGUGUUUUGACAUUUUCCGAAAUGAUUUGCUUUGAAAAAAGUAAUUUGUAGUUAUCGCGGUAUUAUAAAAAUUCUUAUAUUAAAAAACAGCCCGAAUGUAGCCUUAAAAUUCAUAUGUAAUUCACUAUACUAAGGCGAACUACCAAUUCGCCAAAGCUUUCUUGACCAUUGAUAUGGACAAUUUAUUUUUGACGAUGUGAAAUAGCCUUGUUCUUUGUUUCCGUGUGACAAAUGUGUGUUGUUUGGAAAUCGAUCUUCACUGAUAGCAAAGAUAUUAGCUUCAUUAAACAUUGUUUUCCAAUUUGCCAUUUGCAAUGCUAAAAGCCCAUCUAUAACUAUAUAUAG